AUGGCGAACCCUCCGUCCUCCGACCCUUUCCUCGAAGUGCAAACCGACGUGCAAUCCACACUCCAAAGUACACGGCACUUGUUCUCCAGCUACCUCCGUAUCCGCACGCUGUCUACGUCCGCCACCUCCCCGGAAUUGCAGCAGUCACGCUCAGAGCUACGGACGAACCUCGAGACGUUAACGGCAGACCUCGCGGAUCUGCUGGACAGCGUAAAAGCCGUCGAGUCGGAUCCGUACCGCUUCGGCCUAGAUGUCGCGGAGGUGCAGCGGAGGAGGCAGUUUGUCAAGGAUGUGGGCGACGAGGUGGACGGGAUGAGGAGGGAGUUGGAAGACGUCACUACAGAUACACAUGUCGCUGGAGGAGCAUACUCGGCGUCCACCACGACCGGCCCCGGCGCUGGCGGCACAAGAGGACCGAAUGGGAGACUACCCAAUCCCUCAUCCUUCGAAGACGAUCACGACGAUGAAGAUGACGAUGAUCCCUAUGGCGCCUUUGAGGCUCAGCAGCAAGAGAUGAUGAUGCGAGAACAAGACGAACAGCUCGACGGCGUUUUCCAGAGCGUCGGCGUCUUGAGGGGCCAGGCUGAAGACAUGGGCCGUGAAUUAGAGGAACAAGGCGCCUUGCUGGACGAGGUGGACACCCUCGCCGACCGGGUAGGUGGCAAGCUGAGUGUCGGGGUGAAGAAGGUGGGCGAAGUGAUCAGACGGAACGAAGACAGUGUGAGCAGUUGCUGCAUUGGGGUGCUGAUUGUGGUCUUGGUGAUAUUAUUGAUUCUAGUAAUUGUCAUUUAA